AUGGCUAACUUGAGGACGGCAAUGGACUCAGCAUUCUGGGACCAACCCAUUUCUUCCUCACAAACCCUAGAGGGUUGUGCCUACUCCGUUCCUGGAGACCCAUUUCCUCUUGAAGCCGCUAGAGCCAGUAAAGCACUUAGAAUUCAACAACUCUCUCUUUUAAGAAAUGGGUUCCCUUUGGGUAUCAUUCCCUCUUACUCGCCUACUUCAAACAAGGACCUUGGCUCUUUCUCUCUCCAGUCUCUCUUCCUCAAACUCACCACCUCUAACAGUUGGCUUGGAUUAAUUGGGCAAUUUAGACCAAAGAAGCUGAUUUCUUCUAUUAAAGGAGAAUUUACUAAUGCUGAUGAAUUUGAAUGGCCUGCGUUUAAAGAUGGAGCUAAGCAUGUGAUCGACAAGUCACUUUAUUCUCUUGGUUUAUUCUCACAAGUUUCCUUGUCUUCUUCAUCUUCUGUGUUGCUAAGCACAGAAAGGCAUGGUGAGAAGAAGAGACCACGCUACAAGAUGAUGCUCUGGCAUGAGCUUCCUGAUCAUGAUAUAACUUUAGAGGCUGCAUGGCCUGGGCUGUUUGUUGACCAUAAAGGAAAAUAUUGGGAUGUUCCUGAGUCAAUAACCUUGGAUAUGUCGUCCCUUCCCUCUGAAUCUGGGUUCCGAUACCGUUUCGGUGUACACAAAAACAGUGGUCAUCCUCAGCCUUUCAACACCCUAAAUGGUGAGGCUCCUUGUGCUUUGAUGCCCGGACUAUGUGCGAAGGCUGCAUUUUCUUACGAAAAGAACAAGGAUUUUUGGAGGCAAAAGGAGAAAAUGGAUGAUACCGUGGUGAAAACGGAUAAGGGCAAGGUUUGGCGCCCUUCAUAUGACGUGCGCCUUAGCGAACCUCAUGCAGCAAUAUCUGGAAUUAUUGGUGGCACGUGUGCGGCCUGGUUUUGGGGCAAUGAAAGCUCACUGUCUACAGAAUUGCAUGUUGAUAGGGACGCUUCAAUUAGCACCAAGAAGAGAAGUCCAUUAAAUGCUGAUUUGUUUGGCUCUAUUUGCUAUACUUUCCAGCAUGGGAAGUUCACUAAGCUGUAUGGUGAUCUAACCAGGGUGGAUACUCGUCUGGAUAUCUGUUCAGCUUCUGCUGUUGCUAAAAGGGUUUUCAAUGUUUUCAGAAGUUCUUCCUUUACUAAUGCAGACAAUCCACUGUCUUCUCCCAAGCUUAGUCUGAUCCUCCAACAGCAGGUUGCAGGUCCAAUUAUGGUUCGGCUUGAUUCAAAGUUCUCACUUGGUUCUUCAUCUGGAAAACAAGGCCCACAUGUCGAGGAUCUCAUAUGCAGCUUGAGUUACUCAUUAAGGCUUUUACGCUCUGGGAAGGUUGUCGCUUGGUAUUCUCCAACAAGAAAAGAGGGGAUGAUUGAGUUGCGCAUGUUUGAGUUCUAA